GUUAGUGUCUCACGCUGCUGGAAGGAGCAAGCUCGACUCCUGUGACUGACAUUUUGCAAAACCGGUCCUUCUUGGAACUUCAUGGUGAUCAAUACUUCUAGGGAUUUUUUUUCCCGGUAGACUUCAGCUUUCUUUAGCUGAAAUCUGUGAAAGUCAUUUAAAAGUUAUUUUUUUGAGCUUUUUUUUUUUUCACCAAAAAACAGAAGAAUCAGUCGAACGGGCCGAUAGACUGAACGCAACAAGUUGAAGAUUGCUGAAACGCUCUUGGACGGGUAGCUUCGAUAAAUCCCGAAUAAUCAAUCUGACUUUGCGAAUGAUUUUGACAAACGAAUAAGCAUCUUGUCGAAUGCUUAUAAAAUUAGUUCUGUUAGGCGUAAUACUACCAAAUCUAAGACUUUGAUUGCCGAUAUUUCUCCUAGAAUAUCAAUUGACAAUUUAUCAGAGGCAGAACAUGGAUCUUCGUCCAGAUAUUCCUGCCGCCCAGGCGGGGUCGCAGGUUCACCCUGGUGCCGCCGCCGCCACCAUACCUGUCUCCAUGGCCGGCAACCUCUUAAGAGGCCCACCCCUGCUUCUGCGCGCAACCGAGAAGUAUCCUCGGACGCCUAAGUGCGCGCGUUGCCGAAACCAUGGUGUCGUGUCAGCGCUUAAAGGGCAUAAGCGCUACUGUCGGUGGAAGGACUGCAUGUGCGCCAAAUGCACUCUCAUAGCCGAGAGGCAGCGCGUCAUGGCAGCACAAGUCGCUCUUCGUCGACAGCAAGCGCAGGAAGAGAACGAAGCCCGGGAACUGCAGCUGCUCUAUGGCACAGCGGAGGGUCUCGCACUGGCCGCGGCUAAUGGCAUCAUACCCCCUCGUCAGAACUACGAAGUCUUUGGCCCUGUUAGCAACGACACAAACUCUGAUUCAAACAUCCAGAAGUUUGAGUUGUUUCCAAAGACACCCCUUCCAGGAUCGGUCACCCCACAGCCUGCAGUUGGAAAAUCUGUAUCGACUGACACCGAAUCAGUUCCUGGUAUCUCAUCCCCAGAGGUGCGCCACGGCUCUGGUUCAGAGAACGGUGAUGGGGAGUCAUUCGUGAAUUCUCCAGUUACCAAACCUGUGAAGGAUGGAGAGGAGACGCCACCGUCGAUAAGUCCGCUCGGGUCCGACUCGGACACGGAUAAAGAAGAGCAGGAGCCUUCGCCCUCCCCCGCCUCAUCCCGGCAGAUGAAUGCCAUCGACAUCUUAACCAGAGUGUUCCCCACACACAAGCGCAGCGUCCUGGAACUCGUCCUCCAGGGAUGUGGGAAAGACGUGGUGCAAGCCAUCGAGCAAAUCCUCAACAACAGUGGACAAGCCAGACCCCCGGAGGACUCGUGGACGGCGGAGAGGAUGCUGCAGGGUGCUCAGCCACCCAUGUCCUCCACGCCCAGGCCUGUCCAUCCUGGCUCCAUGACGCUCAGCAACCGCUCAGCCUUCUCCCCGCUGCAGCCUAACGGGCCGCACUUCGGCGCUGAUCCGAGCACUUACCCCCUCAGCACGCACUUGGGGUUGAACCCGCUCCGCCUAGCCUACUCGGCGCACAGCAGAGGGCUCGCCUUCAUGACUCCUUAUUCCACCACGGGGCUUAUGCCCACUCUGGGCUUCAGGCCACCAAUGGACUAUGCUUUUAGUGAUCUAAUUAGAGACAGGACUCUCUUGCACAAGGAUCAAAGCUAUACGAAUGGACUUUACGGUCCCCUUGUUAACAACACCCCGGAGAAACAGUGAGAGCGCAGUGAUCGGUGUGUGUAUAGAACAGGAUUCAAGUGACAGGCUAAUGCUAGCCUCUUUGUUGAAAAAGUGUUGUGUGUCUAAAAGAAGACUUAUACAGCCCAUAUUCUAUCUUAUGAAUCAUCUGUACAUAAAGAAUUCUGCUGUACUCACCUGGCAAAAUGUAAAAGAGACAGGCGUGACUGACACUUAACUAGUGUUGGUUUUUCUGUUGUCGUUUGUGAAAAUGGUUACCAAUAAAAGUUUUAAUUUAAACAGAUCUCCGGUUGUGGGUCGUGGCUGAGAACUAAUGACAUGAAGUCGACUUUAAAGAGUAACCAGUAUUUUCAUGUAAAUUGUGUAUUUUAAAUUCCUUACAUGUUUGUUAAAAUCCUGUUAGAUUAUUUACAAAACAGAUCAAGCCUCCAUGUGAUAAUGGUGCAAUUAAUAGAAUCAUUUUUCUCCAUUUUUUUAAAAAAGAGACUAUACUAACAUUAUUAUUUGGUCUAUCACGUCAUUAUUUUAGCUGAAUCUGUAAAAAUGUGACAUGUUAACGAAACAGGAAGGCUGAGUUUUGUUACGGUUAUAGUAUGGACACUGGCUCACGUAGACUCUGAUUCUUUCUGUGCUUCAUAUGUUGUGUUCCAGUCAAAUAAAUUAUGUUGCAUUCCUAAACAAUAUUUUAUUGGUCAACACACACAAAAAUGGUGAACAGGCAUCUUUUAAUUGUGGUGAAUGAAAUCUUGAUUCAUUGUUA